AUGUCAAAGGCUGGCAUCUUCGCCGCUUUGUCGGUCAUAUGUCUAGCGGCGGCUCAAUCUUCAAACAAUGAUGCCAUCUCCAACGACAGAACUGCUCCUGCAGCCGAAGUGAUCGCGGCAAAUGCUGCAGCUUCGGGUGUUGAGUACCUCGACUUCGAGACAUCGCAGCUCACCGACAAGGUCCUUGCCAACUUGACCAGCUACGACAUCGGCGAUGCUAGCGUCUUUGACUUCGGAGACGAGGGCGAUGUGACCGGCAAAAGAGCUGCCCGCUCCUGCAAGGUCUUCCCCGGGGAUAGCGCCUGGCCUUCAUCAGCCACAUGGUCUGUAUUCGGUCUGUUGACGGGAUCUGCGCUUUUGGAUAGUGUCCCAUCGGCGGCUGUCUGUUACAAGGACUGGCCGCAAUACGACGAAGCCAAAUGCGCCGAGGUCACGGCACAAUGGGCAAGUCCUUCCUACCAGGCAUCCGAACCUACUGGCCUGGACUUCCCCCUCUACGAGGGCGUGAGCUGUCUUCCCCCGAGUCUGACGCGCUCCAACGCCACCUGCACCCAAGGCGGACACCCGUCUUACGUCCUGAAUGCGACCAACGUUGCUCAGAUUCAGCUUGCGGUCAACUUCGCGCGCAACCUCAACCUGAGAUUGAUUGUCAAGAACAAAGGUCAUGACUUCAGCGGAAAGUCGGCCGGUGCCGGCGCUCUCUCUGUAUGGACUCACCAUCUACAAGGAAUCCAGUACCUCGGCGCCAGCUUCAAACAUCGCACUUCCGGCUACCAAGGUCCGGCCUUCAAGAUUGGCUCCGGAGUAACCAUGCUCGACUACUAUGAUGCUGCGGAUAAGGAGGGUCUGCAGGUGGUUGGUGGUAUCGCGCGCACCAUUGGAGUUGGCGGUGGCUACGUAGCAGGUGGAGGUAAUGGCCCCUUGAUCUCCUCGUAUGGCGCUGGAGCCGACCAGGUCCUAUCGAUGGAGGUUGUGCUUCCCAAUGGUCGCUUCGUAUCUGUCGAUGAGAACAACUACCCAGACCUCUUCUUCGCCCUACGUGGCGGCGGAGGCAGCACUUGGGGCAUCAUUACCUCCCUCGUCAUCCGUGCCUACCCGAAGACUCCGAUAACCUCCCUUAGCUAUAGCUUCAACACCGGCGGCAACGUGUCCACGGAGGCGUUUUGGUCCGGUGUCGAUGCCGUCUUCGCAGUGUUCCCGGAGUAUGCCGAUGCUGGCAUGUUCAGCUACUGGUCUCUUGUUUGCACCAACGAGACGAACUGCGCCUUCUCCAUGCUGCCUCAGCUUGGCAUCGACAUGGACGCUGCCAAGCUCAAGUCCGUCUCUGCUCCGCUCUUCGGAAACCUUUCAGCGCUCCACAUCCCCGUCUCGGACAUCAAGUACACCGAGUUCAAUGGCGUGCGCGAUGCAGUCCUGAGCACGUGGACUGUCGAUGGGGAAUUUGUCGGCGUAUGGAACUUCCAUACCGCGUCCCGUCUCUUUCCGCGAUCCAACUGGGAAGACCGGGUGAAGCUGGCAGCCCAGACCAAGGCACUACGACAAACCGCCGAGGAUGGUGGUCGCGUUAUGGGUUAUAACAUCAAGACGGGUGUGAACCCUUCCCUCAACCAGACCAACUCCGUUAACCCUGCCUUCCGAGAGACUCUGGCCUUCGUCAUGCUGGGGGCCGCCUGGGAUCUGGAAGCCACACCUGAGGAGAUUGCUACGGCAAGCAAGAAGUUGGUACAGCAGCUGCAGCCAUGGCGUGAUGCUAGCCCGGGUGCGGGAACAUACCUAAAUGAGGCAGAUAUCAACGAGCCAGACUUGCAGCAAGCGUACUACGGCAACAACUACGAUUACCUAUAUCAACUGAAGCAGAAGUAUGAUCCUUGGGGAGUCUUGUAUGCUGCUACUGCUAUUGGUGCGGAGGACUGGUACAUCACGGACCAAAUUGCGUACUACCCGACGCAGAAUGGGCGCCUCUGUCCCAAGUAG